UUUGAACUUGGAGACACGAUCGGUGCUAGUGCUACUCCACCGAUCGGUUCUAUUUCUUUUUAAAAAAAUUGAAAGAUUAGAAAUGUGGGAAUUAUGAGGGAAAAAUUGAGGCCCUGGAAAAUAUGCUCUAGCGAUAGGAGUUGUUUUUUCAGCUUUAAAUGGGCCCCGGAUUAUAAGUUGGUGACAGUUCAAAGUUAGAAGAAAUUGGAUUCUCUGGCACAACUAGUAAUACUCGUGCCUCACACAAUGUAGGACAUUCUUCUCCUUCUUUAGUUUUAAUUCAUCUGCAAAAGAAUGAUGAAUAGAAUGUAUAGAAAUGUAGUUAACUGGAUUAGCCCAAUCUCUCAAUCUCCUCCCCUAAGAUCAGCCAUUGAAACACUCUGCAAUGGCAGAAAGCUUACGGAAGCUUUAUUACUUGCUUUUCACAACCCCAUUGAAGCAGACUAUACUAUUUACUCAAAAAUUAUUCAGCUUUGCAUUGACCUAAAGGCUCAUAAACAGGGCCGUUUGGUUCACUCCCAUCUUAUAACUACCGGGUUUCCUUCAAAUGUUCAUUUGGGAACCAAGUUGAUCAUUUUCUAUACAAUGUCCUAUGACAUGGCGUCUGCCUGCAAUUUAUUUGAUAAAUUGCCUAAAAGGAAUGUGGUUUCAUGGACUGCGCUUUUAUCUGGGUACUCUCGGAAUGGGUAUUCACAAGAAGCCCUUAAUGUGUUUGUUGCUAUGCGUAGGGAAGGGGUGAGGGCAAAUCAAUUUACUUAUGGAAGUGUUUUAAGGGCGUGCACUAGUAUAUCAUGUUUGAAUUUAGGAAAGCAAAUACAAGGGUGCAUUCAGAAGAGCAGGUUUUUGGAUAAUUUGUGUGUACAGAGUGCGUUGGUUGAUUUUCAUUCUAAGUGUGGGGAAAUGGAGAAUUCUUUUUGUGUUUUCGAGUCAAUGGCAGAGAGGGAUUUGGUUUCUUGGAAUGUCAUGAUUUCUGGAUAUGCUUUUCGUGGUUUUAGCAUUGAUGCAUUUCUGUUGUUCCGUUGGAUGCUCAGACAAGGUAUACUCCCUGAUUGCUUCACGUUUGGAAGCAUUCUCAAAGCAUCUAUAGGAGGUGGCAAGUGUAGUGGGCUAGCGAAAGUCAGUAUGAUACAUGGAUGUAUCAUUCGACUUGGUUAUGGGUUGUACAGUAUUAUAAGUGGAGCAUUAGUUGAUGCCUAUGUAAAAUGUGGAAACCUGGCCCAUGCAAAUUAUCUAUACAAGAAGUUGCAGAACAAAGAUAGGAUUUCAUGCACUGCGUUAAUUACUGGCUAUGCACGUGAAGGUAAAAAUAGCAGUGAGUGCCUUGAACUUUUUUGUGAAUUACGUCGGAUGCAUAAGGAAAUUGAUAGCAUUUUGUUAUGCUCUAUGAUCAACAUAUGUGCCAAUACAGCGUCCCUGUCUUUGGGAAGACAGCUACAUGCUAUUGCGAUUAAAUACCAGAGCACUCAUGAUGUGGCCAUGGGUAAUGCUUUGGUUGACAUGUAUGCAAAAACAGGGGAAAUUGAUGAUGCCAACAAUGUUUUUCAUCACAUGACAGAGAAAAAUAUAAUAUCAUGGACGUCAAUGAUCUCUGCUAAUGGUGCACAUGGUCGAGGAGUUGAUGCAGUUUCAUAUUUUAAGAAGAUGGAAUGUGAAGGUUUUGAGCCAAAUGAUAUAACGUUCUUGUCUCUCCUGUUUGCUUGUAGUCAUAAUGGGUUGACUGCUGAAGGAUGGGAAUGUUUCAGGAAGAUGGUCAGAAAAUAUAAAAUUAUUCCAAGAGAUGAGCAUUACUCUUGCCUUGUGGACCUUUUUGCACGCAGUGGCUUUUUAAAUGAAUCCUACGAUUUGAUUUGCAGAAUGAAUAUAAAGCCUAGUGCCUCUCUUUGGGGUUCAGUUCUUGGGGCAUGUAGGGUAUAUGGCAAUAUGUACCUUGGAGAGGUAGCAGCCAGGCAUUUAUGCAAUUUUGAACCUAUGAAUGCUGUUAGCUAUGUGGUUCUAGCAAGUAUGUAUUCUGCAGCUGGCUUAUGGGAUAAUGCUCGGGAUGCUCGAGAUGUAGUUCAAACUAGAAGGUUAACAAAAGAUCCUGGUUACAGCCUUUUUCAAUCCGAAAAUGAUUUGUUAGCACUUCCUCCUACUGGCUGAUAUGUGAAAAUGAUCCAGAUCUGUCUUAUAAUGUUUCAUACUACCCGGAUUUUUCAAAAGUGAGUUUUGAUAGUUGUAGUUUCAGUAAGCAGUGAUGAUGCAAUGAAGCUUUAUGGAUCUCACUAGGUGUAAAGCUUCUCUGAUUAUUACUGGACCUGUUUAACUGAUUCCCCGCACAUCGUCAGCAUUUGAUCUAAGUCCUUAUUCAAGCUUCAUGCCAAUGAAAGGGGGAGAUUUCUGGUGGAAAGACAUUUCCUGAUGGACAGCUAUGAGAAGAACAUGAAGAGGUACUCACGUAUAUUUGUGACAUUGACGGGAGAACAUGAAUCUCUUCAGCUAUUUAGGGUAUGGAGUAAAUGGUCGUGGAAGGCAAACUACUUGCUGGUUGUGUGCGGUAUGAGUGGUACCAUCCACGUAAAGCUUCGUGAAAAUGGAAGUGGAUAGAAAUGUUCCUUUUGUACCUCACUCUCAUCUACAACGGGGCUUCUUCCAUCUUCUUUAGGCGAGGGUCUAUCUGAAACAGUCUCUCUGUCCUUUCAGGGUAGGGGUAAGGCUGCGUACAUCCUACCCUCCCCAAACCCCACUUGUGGAAUUACACUAGAUAUUUGAUCAGAGUUUUUCAGAGGUUUUGAUGGGAUAGAGAAUGACUAUGUACAUUUGAGGAAAUAGUAGUUUCUUUUUGGUGCACCCCAUGAGGUUCCAGUGUGUAUAGAAGGUUGAUGUCGUUCCUAGAGAAUCAUAUAAUGUUGUAAAUUCUCUACUUUUUUGAUGUACUGCUGGUACAUGGGAAACUGCAGUUCCUUUUCGUAGAGAAACCAGCAAUUCCUUUUGGUCUGCGAAGUCGAGAUUUCAACUGAUGUUUCUCUUUUUGUGUAAUACAAUGUGCUGUUGAAGUUUGCCUUCUGAAGCAGGUCUUAAUAUAUCUCGGGCACAUCAAUUGUACUUGUCAAAUCUGUUCUGUUUCUAUCCUGAGAAGUUUUAGAAAAGUGAUACAUGCAGUAUGAAUAGGUGAAGAAACCAUGGACUUACCAAUUAUCAGCUGGAAAAGGAAAAGCUGUUUGUUCUGGGUAGAUAUAGAUUUGAUUCAUUGAAAUCUUGGAAGUAUUGAAAUACUCUGGGGGAGUUGCUGAAAAAGUUGAAGCUCUGAAUAAAUAAAAGCCUCUUGAUUUUGAAUUUUCAUAUACUGUGAUAGUUCGUUCCGUAUCUUUUCGGAUCUCACCUUUCUUUUUCUUUUCGUUUAUAUUUUGUUGUUUCACUUUGGAGGAAAGAGCACGUAGUUGCGAUGUUGUUCAGAGAAAAAUGCAUGGUGGAGCUCUUGACAUGAGUUUAUGU